AUGGCCCAGAUGAACCAAUUGAGUCUCCAGGACGAGCCAGCGGUUUCGCCAGCCUCAGAGCCGCGGAAGCAGAAGAAGAAGAAAGUGCUGCUGAUGGGCAAAUCAGGCUCCGGAAAGAGCUCCAUGAGAAGCAUUAUCUUCAGCAAUUACAUCGCCAAAGACACCCGGAGGCUGGGAGCUACGAUCGACGUCGAUCUCAGCCAUGUCAAGUUUCUGGGUAACCUCACGCUGAAUCUGUGGGAUUGUGGAGGGCAGGAUGCUUUCAUGGAAAAUUACCUCUCGCAACAACGCCAGCAUGUCUUCUCUAAUGUUGGCGUCCUCAUCUACGUCUUCGAUAUCGAAUCCCGAGAUUUCGAUCGCGAUCUCCUCACCUACCGCUCCAUCAUCGCAGCCCUCGGUCAAUUUUCCCCAACUGCCAGCGUAUAUAUUCUAAUCCAUAAGAUGGAUCUCGUUGUCCCCAACCAGCGUGAAGACAUCUACAACGACCGCGUCUCCCUCAUACGAUCAAAAUCCGACUCAUUCGACCCCACUCCAUUCGCAACCUCCAUCUGGGAUCAAUCUCUAUACAAAGCAUGGGCUGAAAUAAUCCACGACCUCGUUCCGAACCUCGACCAGAUUGAGAAACAUCUUGGUAGCUUAGGCAAGCUUAUAAUGGCGGAAGAAGUCCUUCUAUUCGAGCGUACCUCGUUCCUCGUCGUGUCCAGUUGGACCUCCAAGGAAAUCAUCACAAGUGAUAAGGACCACCCGGCCCAAAAUCCAACAUAUGAUCGAAAUGAGCGGCUAUCCAACAUCAUCAAAAAUUUCAAACAAAGUACGAGCAGGUACACAGGAACCCCAAAGAGCGCAGAACAGUUUAGUGUCUUCGAUCUUAAGAUGCCAAAUUUCUGCAUGUUCCUUAUCAAGUUUACAACCAAUACUUAUCUUGGUGUUGUUCUUCCCCCAGGCGAGGAACGCUACAAUUCUGCGAAAUUAAACUGUUAUAUUGCUCGAACGCAAUUCGAGGACCUUGACUCUCCAGCGAGGAAGAGUGCUGAUAGAGGCGCCACAUCUGAGUCUCAGGAUGCGGUGUCAUAG